CUUUCUAUGGCUUAAAGCACACAGCUUUGAAUGAGCAAACUAACAUUCAAAUCAAGCUGAUAUGUUGGCUGGUCUGAGCUCUUCAGUCUGCACAUGAUUCCUCAGAGUCAUACCACAUGGCCACCAGCCCCAGCCGAGCCUCCAGGAGGGGAGACCUGACCUCCAGCCCCGGACGAGACUUGCCGCCCUUCGAGGAUGAGUCGGAGGGGCUGCUGGGAGAUGGACCCUUGCCUGGGGAGGAGGAAGAAGAUGGAGAGGAACUGAUUGGAGAUGGAAUGGAGAGGGAUUACCGUGCCAUUCCGGAGCUGGAUCAGUACGAGGCAGAGGGUUUGGACCUCGAUGAUGAGGAGCUGUCAGAGCUGUCACCAGGAGCCCGAGCAGCCGCUGAGGAGGCCAUGAGGAGGAGGGACAGGCAACAGGGAGUCAGGGGGCGCGUGAGGCCAGGAUUGCUCUAUGACAGCGAAGAUGAGGAUGACGAGCGCCCGGCUGCUCGGCGAAGACGGCUGGCUGAGCGGGCAGCAGAAGGUGAUGGUGAGGAAGAGGAGAUGAUUGAGAGCAUUGAGAAUCUGGAGGACAUGAAGGGCCACACAGUGAGGGAGUGGGUGUCCAUGGCGGCGCCGCGGCUGGAAAUCUACAACCGCUUCAAGAACUUCCUGCGCACACACGUGGAUGAAAACGGCCGCAAUGUCUUCAAGGAGAAGAUCAGCGAUAUGUGUAAAGAGAACAAGGAGAGUCUGGUAGUAAACUACGAGGACCUCGCAGCCAGGGAGCAUGUCCUGGCUUACUUCCUACCAGAAGCUCCAGCUGAGAUGCUGAAGAUUUUUGAUGAAGCGGCUAAAGAAGUUGUGCUUGCCAUGUACCCAAAAUACGAUCGGAUUGCCUACGAGAUCCAUGUCCGCAUCUGCAACCUGCCUCUGGUCGAGGAGAUCCGAUCACUCAGGCAGCUCCACCUAAACCAGCUCAUCCGGACCAGCGGCGUGGUGAGCAGCUGCACCGGCGUCCUGCCUCAGCUCGGCAUGGUCAAGUACAACUGUAACAAGUGUAACUUCGUGCUAGGGCCCUUCUUCCAGUCCCAGAACCAGGAGGUGAAGCCGGGUUCCUGUCCGGAGUGUCAAUCCCAGGGACCGUUUGAGAUCAACAUGGAGGAGACAGUGUACCAGAACUACCAGAGGAUCACCAUCCAGGAAAGUCCCGGUAAGGUGGCUGCAGGUCGCCUCCCUCGCUCCAAAGAUGCCAUCCUCCUGGCCGACCUCGUGGAUAGCUGCAAGCCUGGAGACGAGAUUGAGCUGACUGGGAUCUACCACAACAACUACGACGGCUCUCUGAACAUGGCAAAUGGUUUCCCGGUGUUUGCCACAGUGAUCCUGGCUAACCACAUCACCCGCAGAGACGAGGGGGUCGCCGUGGCCGAGCUGACCGACGAAGACGUCAAAGCCAUUGUUGCUCUGUCGAAGGACGAACGUAUCGGAGAGAGGAUCUUCGCCAGCAUGGCGCCAUCUAUCUACGGGCAUGAGGACAUCAAGAGAGCGCUCGCCCUGUCGCUGUUUGGAGGAGAGCCCAAAAAUCCAGGUGGGAAGCAUAAGGUGCGUGGGGACAUCAACGUGCUGCUGUGCGGAGACCCAGGAACCGCCAAGUCCCAGUUCCUCAAGUAUGUAGAGAAGGUCGCGAGCCGUGCGGUGUUCACCACAGGUCAGGGGGCCUCCGCCGUUGGUUUGACUGCUUAUGUUCAGAGACACCCAGUGAGCCGUGAGUGGACGCUCGAGGCGGGAGCGCUGGUGCUGGCCGACCGUGGAGUCUGUCUGAUCGAUGAGUUCGAUAAGAUGAACGAUGCAGACAGGACGAGUAUCCACGAGGCCAUGGAGCAGCAGAGCAUCUCCAUCUCCAAAGCUGGCAUCGUCACCUCGCUGCAGGCCAGAUGCACAGUCAUUGCUGCUGCCAACCCCAUCGGUGGCAGAUAUGACCCCUCCCUGACUUUUGCUGAGAACGUGGAUCUGACGGAGCCCAUCGUGUCGCGUUUUGACGUGCUGUGUGUUGUUCGAGACACCAUCGAUCCCGUCCAGGAUGAGAUGCUGGCGCGCUUCGUGGUCGGUUCCCACAUCAAGCAUCACCCUAGCAGCAAGGAGGGGGGAGUGGCAUUGGAAGAGGUGGUUCUGCCCAACUCAUCCGACGUGCCAACGAUUCCACAGGAGCUCCUGAGGAAGUACAUCAUCUAUGCUAAAGAGCGGGUUCACCCGAAACUGAACCAGAUGGACCAGGACAAGGUGGCUCGCAUCUACAGUGACCUGCGUAAAGAGUCAAUGGCCACAGGCAGCAUCCCCAUCACGGUUCGUCACAUUGAGUCCAUGAUCCGCAUGGCGGAGGCUCACGCCAAAAUGCACCUGAGGGACUAUGUACUGGAGGACGACGUCAACAUGGCCAUCAGGGUCAUGCUGGAGAGCUUCAUCGACACACAGAAGUUCAGCGUGAUGAGGAGCAUGAGGAAGACGUUCGCCCGCUAUCUGGCCUUCCGCAGAGACAACAACGAGCUGCUGCUCUUCAUCCUCAAACAGCUGGUGGCCGAGCAGGUCGCCUACCAGAGGAACAGAUAUGGAGUCCAGAACGACACCAUCGAGAUCCCAGAAAAAGAUCUUCAGGAUAAGGCGAGACAGAUAAACAUCCACAACCUGUCGGCCUUCUACGACAGCGACCUGUUCCACUCCAACAAGUUCAGCCACGACGGCAAGAAGAAACUGAUACUGCAGCAGUUUUAAGAAGCCUUUCAACCUCACUCCUCUCCUUACGCCUUCUACAUUAUGAGCUCUUACUUGGGUUUUGGUCAUACUGGAUUCAGGACUCUUACUUUUGGCUCUGAACUGAUUGGAAGUGACUGAAGAGCAGCCGCUGUUGAAGGACUAUUAUAAGAAGGAUCAUCUGAUAAGGAAGAUUUGACUCUGGAGGCAGCAGCUGAUGACCACACUGUUUCUGACGGAUUGAUAUCUGUGGUGACUGUAAAUUAUUUAAGAUAAGCAUGUUAACAAAAAUAAACUGCAUAAAUAAAAAAAAAAAAAAAACAUGUUUAUUCUGUCCUGGGGGUCCCUGCAUCUGCCUUCAGGUAGGGUUGAUUGUAAAUAAAUGUACAUGUUGAUGUGGCGCCGUUUAUUGUUUCGCUUAACUUUAUCUGAAUGCUUUGUCACAUUGUGCAAACUCACUGACUUUGUAUUUCAGACCUUGUUGCUCUUUCUCAGAGGUUUGUGCUCACAUCAGGAAGUUAAUGUAGCUUGAACUGAAACCUCCAUGUUUCACAAGUCAAGUUAAAAUAAACCAGUGUUUGAUGAUG